CGGAGGUGUGUGGGGGGGGGGGAGAGGACAACGAAUUAAACACAAAAAAGCAGUUAUCAAGAAAUUAGUUUUCAACCUCGAUUAUUUAAAAGUGGAUGGCUCCAGCGCCUGCCUAAUAGUGGAAGGAAGAGCGUUCCAGACGGCCGCGGAAGCGCACCUGGAAUAGCGCGAUGCGGUGGUCGUCUUUGUUCGAUGGGCGGCCAGACGCCGCCACUGCGAGGAUGGCCCGGAGUUGGCGUGCUGGUUUAUGCUCUUUGGUGACAUCAGCUAGGUGUUGCGGUUCAUUUGUGGCGAGCACUUCGUGUGUAACGGGGUAGGCCGGGCAGGGAGAGCGCGGAGGUCCACGUUUUCGUGGCUUCUGUCAGGGACGUAUGAUGAAUGCUACGAAUGAAUGAAUGGACGUACUGCGUGAACUUUUGUUAAUCCGCUGUUGGAUGAAUUCAUCCCCAUGCAACGUCGACCUUGGUGUUUGACCACAUUUCACCACGUUGGUCGGUGUGAAUAGUGGAGAUGUCCAAAUUGAUUAUCAAAUAGCCUUGAGCAAGUGGUGGAGAUUCCACAUUCCCAUGGUGUGGUUACUCUUUCCAUAGAAUUCGAACUUUAGACGUCCUGGCUGGAUUAUGGAGCACAAGAUAUUCGGUGUUAAAGAAUGUACAUACAUUAGCAAAAGGCCAGAUAUUAAUAUAUGCUGAAGAAUGCUCAUUGCUCAAGAUUGUUUAUUUUUGUUGUUGUUGUUGUUGUUGCUGAAGACGCAUUAUUGUCUCGACAGCAAUGGAGAAAAUGUCCAGCGUUGUUCUUGUACGGCUCUUGCAGCAGGACGUGAACCGAUGGCUCAGGAGGUUGUUGCCACCUUACUCGCCUCACGAACUCGAAGGUUUCAAAUUAACGUUCUCGUUCGAGGUCACCUGCACCUCAUCAUGCCUCAAGGUUGAUUAAAUGAGGACCAUUUUAAAUGAGGUCAACGCUUGUUGUCCCGUGGAGAGAUUGGCACCCGUAACAGCAAUGUGAAUGUUCCACCACUGACUGAGGCCUAUCAACCGAGAUAACCACUGCCCACUCAUUAUUUGUACACUGGGAGACAAUUUUAUUUUUUUAUCAACGAAGUCAACACACACGCUGGAGUGGCGGUACAAUGGGCAGCGCACUGCACUCAAAACCCAGCCACCACAGUUCAAUUCCUGGCCAUGGCUGAUGUCAGUGGCAAGUGGUAUCACACUGGGAAGACAAAGAUGCCAGACAUACCCCCCCCCCCCAUGUACUAUAAUAUCACUUGCCUCCUUUCGUCUCCAGUCUACAAGGCUACACGGUGGAUCUUUGUAUUUGUGUGUCAGGAGUAAGGGACUAAUUGGUUGACUUGGUCCCGGGUGGGGUCUUCACAAGAGCGUUAUGAAACCUUUGGGGGGCUUUUUUUAUUUUCCUGCCUCCGUCUUAGGAUUGUGUGCAUUCCCGAUGGAAACGUGGGCUCAGUCUGAUUUCAUUGCUAUUGGGAUUUCUGGGUGAAUGCAGCAGAGCGCACUAUUACUGUCACUUUUAAUAAACACGUGGGUGAGGCUUGUACAGUGGUGCAGUCAUGGAAAGCUUAACAGCUUUUAACACCUGUUAAUGAUGUGCAUUUUAAUAUCCAGUAAUUGCUACAAAAGUUUUGAACUUGUUCAAAUUUUGUGAUUGGCAGCAUCGUGCCUCUUGCAAAACAGCAUUAUAAAAAUUGUAAGAUGUGCAUUGGCCAUUGUGAAACAAAAUAAUAUAUUUUAAUCUAUUGCAUGUAUUACUUGUCAGAAUGCACCGUAAAUAUGUUAUUAUUUUCAUUAAAAAAUGUUAAUUACAUUCGAGGAAUUAUAUCGACAAUCGUGGUGAAGCAGACAUAAUUCACUGCGGCAGCAUUUGCUCCACGAGUACAUGCAAUACAACAGCGACAACCGCUGUUCGCCACUAAGUGGCGGUGACAUCACCACGGCGCUUGUGCCAGGCUAGGUGUACUUUGAGGCCACGUACCAUGUCGAAGCCUCGCUGCGGGAAGGAGCUCAGGGGACAGGUCCAGGUACCAUGCAUUGGCUGAGGUGACUGGCAGAUGCAGCACCUGUGUUGCCCCGCUGUGCGGCCCCGCUGUGCCGCUUCGCUGCCCGGCGCUCCGCUCGUUGUCUUGAGCGUCGCUCUUCUGCCCUCCGCUGUUGUUGGAGGGUGGCUGCCUCCAACUGGCCAGUAGCAGCACAACCGUGCACUAUACCCGCACCUCCGACGAGCAUGGUUGGCCAUGUACGGUGCGAAAACAGUUCAACAUAUAUACAAAUUGCAUUUGUUGGUUUUAUGCUACAUUCAAAGGUUGAUGAUAACAUGAGCCAUGGGGGAGUUUAUUAAGAAAAUAAGUUUAAGUCAAUAAUGAUACAAUUUUAAAUGACUUGGUAAUGUCUGAAAUAUGGUGAAGUGAUAGAGCACUGGUUGGCGCGCUGCCAUUUAUUAAUGCACAAGGCUGAUAACCUAGGUUAUCACGGGUGCGAUACGAGUUCAAAUCCCCGGCCUCGGCUAACAUCAGUGGCAAGUGAAAUUUGUGCUGAUCCUGGGCAUCUUCUUCACCAAUUUGCACUCACCAGCGUGGUGAAGUAUAGUCAGACAAACAUCCAUGAUCGCAUGGCACGGCGAGACUGUAAUCGAGCAGUUGGUAGAUAGAGGCUUUUAAAAUAUAAUUAAUGUCCGAGACAUUUUGGAUUCUCACAGCUUGGCAGAAAUGUAAUGUAUGUAUAAAAUAUAAAGACCAUAGGACUGUAUAUGGCCAUUACUAUGGUCAUUAUCCUGCAAUAUGGUUCCCACAUAUUGGGGUGAAAUUCUUCCUGCCUCGGUGAGAACGACCACAGCACGGGUGCAGCUGCAAGAUUGAUGAUGAGGCACCUUGCCCUUUUAUAAUCGGCAUGGUGCACAUGCUUCAUUACGCCUGUCUGUCUGCCUGCCUGCUUGCCUGCCUCCCGCGCUGGCAGAGAAUGCCUCCCGCGUGCAAUGCCCUGAGCUCAGCCAGCCAGUCUGGGCAGGCGCUGAGAAAUCUGCUGUCGGCUGCACAAUUCACGCGGACUCUGCCAACCGCAGCCGGCAGUGGAGAUGGAAUUUGGUGCUGGGGUUAGAAGAUAUUACACUCAGCCGAAAGGGCUUGUGGUUGAACCUACGGAUUACUUCAGCUGUCCACCGUACAACUGUGAUACAGGAGGGCACCUUGGUGGGAAAUUGUUUUCCAGACACAGAAGCUCAUAUGGCUGCCCACUGCCGAAGAAGCGGCGCAGCAUGGACAAGGCAGUGGUCGCCGCACCGCCCCCUGGCAAGCGCCGCUACCGAUUGCUCAAGCUCAACGGCUCCGCGCAGGAGGAGUUUUUUGAGGUUGAGGAGGAGCCUGAAGAGUCUGAUCGUGGGGAUGCCACCCUCGAAACGGAACGCCAAGAUGAUCGGCAAGGAGAGGAGGAGGAGGAGGAGGCGGGACGGAGAGUAGGGGGUGACGGAAGCGUAGAGGAGUGCGUGAAAACGAAUUACCAUGACGAGUCAGGUAACCGGUCUGUGUUAGCGGUCACGCAGCUAGAUGAUGUAAGGGAUGACAGCAAUCCGGACGAGUAUGGAAACUAUGAGGAGUUGGUGGCCAAGUCUCUACUGAACCUGGGGAAAAUUGCAGAGGAGGUGGCCAAUAGUGCAAUGAAUGAGCGUCGAGGCAGCACUGGUAGUUCCAGUGACAGCGAAGACUCACAAGACUCGGACUGGAGGAGUCACAACCAUCUUACGGCACUGGAAGCUGAUACACAAGGAAACCGGGGCUUCUACUCAGAGCAGGAGAAGCCAGGUGAGAACUUUCAGAUUCCCGCAGACGGGCGAGAUGGCGGUGGCAGAGAUGAAGUAGAAGAUUCUGUAUGUUUGAGCAGCCUAGAAUGCCUACGGAAUCAAUGCUACGACCUGGCUCGCAAACUCAGUGAGUAUUCGCAACAGGAAGACGAACGCCCGCACCCGGGACCUGCCACCGACGACAACGCCGACGCCUAUAACGGAAGCAGCAGCAGCAUUAGCGUCAGCAGCAACGUGUGCGAAAACCCCCUGUCGGUACAAACGCAAGAACACGGCUGCUCAGACAUGGUCAACCUCCUGAAACUGGAGGAGCAGCUGAACUCGAAGUCUCCCACCUUUGAAAUAUCCCCGUCCAUGGGGGGCAGCACGGCCAGAGACGACGAGAGCGAGAUCAACGAUAUUGACUGCGAGAGGGACAGCGAGUAUGAAGAGCACGAGCGCGACGGGUGCGGCCUUGACAACAGGAGCGAUGAUAGCGACGACUGCGAAGAGGGCGAAGAUGAAGACUCGACAAGUUCUGACAGCACAGAUCACUCAGAUGAAUUUGAUUUGGUUAAAGGGAACCUUUGCCUUCUGGAGAAAGCCAUUGCUUUGGAGAAGGAAAGGUCAAAGGUCACCAAAUCUAAGCACACAGCGGAAGGGCACGUUAAGUACUCCAGAAAGGGGAGCAGAGAACCAAAAUAUGGAGCAAAAGCGGCAGGACGAAUGAAAUCGGCUGAGUCCCACAACAGAAAAACGUAUCAUUCAAAAGGGAAACCCGAAGAAUCCAGAGGAACCCCCACGCAGAACUGUGGAGAACAUACAAACGCCACCGAGAAAAGACGCCAAGAUCUGCGUGGGGAUCGCAGAGAGAGUAAGUGCCCCACUCCUGGCUGUGACGGGACGGGUCACGCCACGGGCCUUUACCCGCACCACCGGAGCCUGUCGGGCUGCCCGCACAAGGAUCGCGUCCCGCCCGAAAUCCUCGCUCUGCAUGAAAACGUGUUGAAGUGUCCCACGCCUGGCUGCAACGGGAGAGGUCACGUGAACAGCAACAGGAACUCCCACAGGAGCCUGUCGGGGUGCCCCAUUGCAGCUGCAGAAAAACUCGCCAAAACCCACCACGUGAAGCAGCAGCCCAGCAGCGAGGGCCUCAAAUCCAGCCCGCGGUCCGACCGCGUCCUCAGGCCCAUGUGCUAUGUUAAGCAACUGGACAUCCCAGGCUACGGUGAGAGGACUAACGUGUCGCCCGUGACACCUCGCUCGAACCUCACCAAGGAGUUGGAGAAGUACUCCGAGAGUGUGUAUGAAUAUCCGACAUUCGAUGUGCCCGAUUUUGGAAAGUGUGCCGUACUAUCCAAAGGACCCGAACGGGAGUCUUCACCGCUGACUUACACGGGUGACCACUACGUCAAACCGCUGGCUUCGUGCAGCCCGGCGGACAGCGGCUACCCGCCGAGCUGCAGCCAGCCGGCCAGCUUCGACUACAUCCACGACGACGAGGCAGCUCACAUGGCCGCGACAGCCAUCAUCAACCUGUCCACGCGCUGCUGGGAGUCGCCGCAGCCGCUCUUCAGCCGCAGCCAAGAGCUCACACCCACGCAAAGUCAGCCGCUGGACAUGGGCGAGAGAGGCAGCAUGGAGCUCGGCUUGAGCCAGAACCGCGAGCUGGUCGGUGGAGGCGGUGGCAGCAGCUUGGUGGGCUCGCCAAGCCCGUACUCCCUGCACAGCCCUGGCGCCAGCCUCCUGGGCGGCGGAGGGCGCGCCUGCCUGCUGGCCGACGCUCACAACCCGUGGGACACCCCCGGGGACUACCCUCCCCACACGGGGAGGCCCAUGGAGGCGGAGCCGCAGAAGGAGGUUGAAGACUUGCCAGAUUUUAUGGAGGAGAGGAGAUAUUCAAGAGAAAUCAGCUUACGAGGACCCAAAGUGAAGAAUGGUCAUUGUAAAGAUGGCAAGAAAGAGAUUAUUGCUUGCCCAACUCCAGGGUGUGAUGGAAGUGGCCAUGUCACUGGGAACUACGCAUCACACAGGAGUCUCUCUGGCUGCCCACUGGCAGACAAGAACAUCAGGAGCAUUAUCACCUCCAACACUCAAGAGUUAAAGUGUCCGACCCCUGGCUGUGAUGGCUCGGGGCACAUCAGUGGCAACUAUGCAUCGCACAGAAGGGUGAAAAUAUUCCACAACACUUAUGGACAAAACAUUCAUCAAAAAGCUACAUUACUCUCAAAUACAACCACAAGGGAAGGGUGCCCUGUGCCGGGCUGCGAUGGGCAGGGCCAUGUGACAGGCAAGUACGUGUCGCACCGCAGUGCCUCCGGAUGUCCCAUCGCCACCAAGCGCCAGCACGAACGCUUUCUCAGCGGGCCGCAAGUGGUCCCAUGGAAGGCCAGCAAGGGAGAUGGCGUCUCCUGCCCCACGCCGGGAUGCGACGGAUCAGGCCAUGCCUAUGGCAGCUUUCUCACCCACCGCAGCCUGUCAGGUUGUCCCAGAGCGACUUUCGCCAUGAAGAAGGCCAAGCUCUCAGGGGAAGAGAUGAUGACGAUCAAACUGCGAGCCUCAAAUGGCAUAGAGAACGACGAGGAGGUCAAGCACCUUUACGAGGAAAUCAAAGAUCUGGGAGAAUCCAACUCGCAUGUGGAAGUGGAGAUGAUCAAACUACGGACGCAGAUCACCAGUCUCGAGGACAAUCUGAAAUCAUCGCAAGAGAAAAACAGUCGGAUGGAGGGGCAGAGCGAGACCCUUCUGAGCGAGCUGUCCAGCCUGAGUCAGACUCUGAUCAGCAGUCUGUCUGGGGUGCGUCUUCCCAGCAUGGAUCCGAUCAAUGAACAGAAUUUUGACACCUACGUGACAAAGCUGACAGACGUAUACAGCAACCAGGAGCACUACCAUAACCCGGAAAACAAAAACCUCUUGGAUAGCAUCAAGCAGGCCGUGAAAGGUAUCCAAGUUUAAUGCCGAUAGAAUGAAGAAAGAAGGCCCAUUUCUGCAUUAAUGUCUGAAAGUGUUCUCAUUCUUUUCCUUCGAAAAAAAAAGUUCCUAAAAUGUGUGACUUUUACAGCACUUUGAUUCACUGUAUGAUGUAAGACCUGUUUAUAAAAUCCUAGGUAUUGGAUGGCCCUGCUGCUGGCUUUUAAAAUGUCAUCAUUUAAUGGCUUUUAUAUUGCUUGCACAUUGGCAGCUAGUGUGUUCAAUUAUAAAAAAAACAUUCACGUAUUAUAAACACACUGAAAAAAAUGCAGAAAUAUAUGAGUUCUCGUGGGUUUUAAAUGACGUACUUAGAGGUGAGGUCGCGAUAUGUACUGAUGCACAAUAAUGAUGAUGAUGUAUCACAAAUAUUUGUGAAGCAAGGUACCUAUCUAACAGUGAAUUUUAUUAAAAGAUAAUCAUUCCAGCCAUUUUUGCUGCAUUACAUAAUUUUUAAAGUUAUCUAGUAUUUUGUUAGCUCUGCAAUGGUGAAUUUUAAGGGUGACGUUGUACUUGUUAUUUAAGUUUAAUAGAAUGCUAUUUUUUAGAAUGGGAGUAUUUUACAUUGCUAUUUGUAAUAUUGCUUAGCAAUUGACAUUUCUGAAAGCUACAUUUGUGGAUAAUGUAAAAAUGUAAGGUGAUGGCACUUAAAUGUGAAUUUUGUUCCUGUAAAAUUGUGAAAAUAACUGAAUAUAUUGAUUACAAAUGAGUGUAUCGCACUACCUUGACAAACAUAUAACAGCAUGGCGCUUAUAUGCUUUAGUCAUCUGUGUUACGAUAAUCCUGUUUCAUACCAGGAUCUUAUUUUGUAGUCGGGGUUUCUCUCCUUGUACCUGCUGCUCACGUACGGCAUCCUGUUUGGCUUCACGAGCAGAAUGGCACGGUCUUUCCGGCCCGCUUCGAUCGAUAUGUUAUCUGCAAGACAGAAUUGUAGAAAUAUGGACAAUAUAGUACGUGUUACUUUUACAUCUUAUGUUAAUUUUUAACACGUUUGAAUCGAUGAAAAAUUAGAUAUUUUUACACAUUACAUUGUAUAAAACGUAACUCACUCUAUUGUCUAUGUUUCCAAACGGUUUGUGCACCAUUAAACAAAUCUCGUUAUCUGUGCAAUCAGAUAAGACAUGCCACUUGCUUAAUUUGAAAAUAUUCACAUGUUUUCUAUGUAUGGUAAUGUUGCAAAUCAAAUUACAAAAUGACUGAAAAUCCCCAGAAUUUUUUUUUUAAAUAUAAUUGAACAUUUUAUACUUUUUAUGUUUCAAAUGACAUUUUAUUGAGUGGCAGCCUCCGCCGUCGAUGUCACGGAAAGGUAAUAUUUUCUGUGAAGUGUUUUUCUCUCGAGCUCGCGUAUAGGAAGUGAUUGCAAGUUCACAGUGACGUUGGUUCGGUUGAGGGAACAUUUGGCUGUGCCUGGGUCUGACAAGCGGGCACGGCGUCUGCAUCGUCAGUGCAUUCCGGACGUGUUGUAGCCGAAUCGUUUGGGCCGUCGUGGACCAAAGGCGAGGCAGUGAGAGUAAUUAGCACGUUUAAUGCGAGUUAAGCACACGCGCCAAUAACCGAUCCCGACGAUCGAUCCGUUCGUUCAGAAUUUUCGCUACCCCACUUCUCCGCGAAAGGACCCACGCGUACAGCCACGAAACUGGGCCCCGCUAAUUCCGUAUUAUUCUGUAUUAUGCCAUGAAGUCAUCCACAACUGAGGGUUAUAUUCGGGAGCCUCUUACAACAUUAUUUAUAUUUCUGAUGUAUUGGAACCAGAGCAAUGAUAUCUACAUUGAAGUACAGUAUGUUGUUUAUAAAAACAAUUGUAAGUAGUUUUUGGAAAAGAAUGACAUUGGCACUAAGGUAGGAUGUGUUAAGCACUUUAUUUUCCCACGAUGCCUGAACGGCUCCUUCGGUAUGACUCCCGUUUUUGCUCGAUGAUUUUACUAAUCCCCUCCCAUCCCCGGAACCUAUCUUGCUGCUUGCUACCGCUUUUUAUCUAUAGCACACUUUGUCAAAGUGCUCUGUGUGGUGCUUGUCCCGUGCCUUGACCCGUUUCGUAGUUUGCUUUUUCAAUGUGUGCGCUGCCCCCCCCCCUCCUCUCCUACCCCACCUCCCCCCCCCCCCCCCCAGAUUUUGAACUGUCUCCCACCACACCGCCCCCACUUACUCUCCAGCCCCCCUCUCCUGUACCCCCCCGUCCCCUUACUCUCACCACUACCCACCCUGACACCUAAACCACACGAUUAAACAGAGUAUUCCAUAUACGUAGUUGAUGACAAAUGUAGUACAGUUGUAAUAUCCUUGCAUGUACAGUAUAUGUGUUUUGCAAGGACAAGUUGUACAAUGCACCCAUAGCAUCAGAUUCACAUCCAGGAGGAGUUUAAAAAAAAUUACUUAAAAGUACUUAAAAAAAACUUCCUCAGGCAUUUUGGUAUUUGUAUGAAGACAUGUUGGUAAUAACCAACAAAAAUAUGAAUAUAGGUGUAAAAAACAAUUGCUGCAAGCAACAAAAUGAAAUAGUUUACCAGAAUACCUCUCCUCUUUGGAUUUAUAUGUGAAUUAUAAUGGCCGUUAAUAGAAACAGGACACAUUUUCAGAAUCCAUAUUUUACUUUUUUGGUUAUCUGUAUAUAUAAUGCAGGGUUAUUGAACCCUUAUUUUGAUUCUGCUUAAGCAAUACCUGUAGCAUGCCUGAUUUGUUUGAAGUAAAAGUGAAUGUGCUUUGUUUAUUCUGCAUCAGCCUUGAAGCACAAGUUUAUGCAUAGGCCCAAUUUUCCUUGCUUAUAAGAUGAAAAACAAAAUGCAUUUUGGUAUGUUAAUAGGCUUAAGACGAAGCUGUAAAACUGUACAUUCUCAAUUAAUUUCCAAAAAAUAGAUUUAUCAUUUUUGGGUUUUCCAUUUGUAAUUACGUUUUAAAAAAGUACGGUACUGUGAUAUUUUGUGAAGACAUAAUUUAUUGUUGGGUGAAAAAAAAGUUUAUUUUUUUGGUAAUAAGUGCUGUAACAUAUAUGUUACAUUCCUAUUCCAUCAGAAUAUGUGGAUUAUAACAGAAACUGGACCAUAUUUAUUGAAAAUUGAGUAGGGAUAUAAAAUCCUUACACUUGAUAAACAGUUUGAUUCUAAUGUUGACAAAUGCACUUGUUCAUGUCGCAUUUAGUGUCGUUCAUAAUGUUUGCUGUAGCUGUUAAGUUAAGCAGCCAAAUGUCAAUAUCAGUGGAUUGUGAUAAAUUUAAUAAAGUCACUCGAAGGCACUA